AUGGCAGAUGAAGUAGCAGCAUCUGUCAACCGAGUUGCAGUGAGGAUCCCACCGUUCUGGCCAGCAGAUCCUGAACUUUGGUUUGCUCAAAUUGAGAAUCAAUUUACUUUGGCUAAUAUAACUUCUGAUGAUACUAAAUUCAGUUAUGUGGCGGGAAAUUUAGACUCAAAAUAUGCUGCUGAAGUUCGAGAUAUUUUAACUAGACCACCAACAACAAUGAAGUAUGAAAAGCUGAAAACAGAGCUUAUUCAGCGACUCAGUGCUUCACAAGAUCAGAAGACAAGGCAGCUCUUGGAACAUGAAGAGGUAGGAGAUCGGAAGCCCACACAGUUCCUGCGUCAUCUCCGAGCCCUUGCUGGUACAGUUGUUCCUGACAGUGUGCUAAAACCUCUUUGGCUAUCACGUCUGCCAGCCUCCACCCAAGCUAUUCUGGCUACUCAACAGAAUUCUGAUUUUGAUGCCCUAGCUGUGCUAGCUGAUGCUGUUCUGGAGGCAAACCCAAGACCUAGCAUUUCUGAGACUGCUGUUGCCACAAAUAGUGUAGAACAGAUGAUGGAGCGACUCACGUUACUCAUGACAGCCAAGAUGGGAGAGAUUGCCAACACCUUGCGGCAAGAAAUUGUUGCAGUAGCUGAGGUUCAACAUGAAAACCGCUCACGCCGCUCAAACUUCCAAUCCAGCCCUCAUUCACGUUCACGCUCUGCAUCACGCUCUGGCAAUGGUGAUCGUGAUGGUAUAUGUUGGUACCACAGACGGUUUGGUGACCAGGCUGACAGAUGCACCUCACCCUGUCAAUACCAACCCAAGCGGCAGGGAAACGAUCACGGGAGUCAUUAA